UUGGAUGAAGUCAAUACACACCUACUGCGGUUCUGAAAAUGAUAAAGAGUUGAAACCCGUAGUUUUAAUUGUGGCAACUCAUUGGGAGGAAAACAACCGACAGGUUAAAGAUAAACAUGCCCUGUUGUACAGUCUUCAUCAACAGAUCUCAAAGCAUUCAAAUUUAUCACACUACAUUGUAGAAAAUAAUUGUUAUUGCAUACAGUUUCCUGCCCAAUCACUUCAAAGUCUAUCAGAGCACAUUUUUGACAUUGCAAAUCAUCAGCGAUGGAGAGAAAAUAUUCCAAAAGAAUGGGCAUUCCUUGAAAUACAAAUUAAAAUGAGAAACAUUCUGAGAGAAUUUUAAAUACUGAGAACCUUACCACUUUGCUUGAUGGCGGCAUCAACCAGGGGAAUCCAGAAGAGAAACUGACAACUACAGCUGAGAGUGAUAUGUUACGAUACUACCAUGACGCAGGAAAGGUUCUUUAUUUUAAUGAGAAGGAACUUGAGCAACAUAUCGUUAUUGAUGUUCAGUGGUUUAUCGACGCUUUCAAACACAUCAUCACCGACAAACUUCAUUAUAAAGGUCUUCCUGUGGCCUCUGAGGAUUGGGAAGAGUUCUACAGGACAAGGAAUUUGGAGGACCACCUUCUGACAGAGAUAUGGAGAAAUGACGAUAACCUUUUAUCUGAAAAAUUACCGACGGGUGAAAAACGGAUCUUGUUAAAGACAAGGGAUUCCGAUCCCCGAUAUCUACUCUAUCAUAAGAACCAACUACUCGUUUUUAUGCAAAGACUAGGCUUGAUGGCUAUCGGCAACAAAUCCCACUAUGUUCCGUGCAUGAACAGGAAAGAAAUAGAGAAUGCUAUUCCUGAUCUCAUUCAGAGAGCGACGAGUAAAACAUCUGUACUUAUCUACAGGUUUAGCUUCUUGCCAUUUUUCCUCUUCUUCCGCCUCGUUGUGUCGUGCAUGCAGUUAAAAGACUGGAAAGUAUUAAUCACCGAUGGAACAUCCUGUCUGUAUAGAAAUGCGGCUUUGUUCUCUGUUAAAAAAUACAAUAUCGUUCUUUCUGUUACGGAGCCACAAUACAGCUACAAAUAUUUCACCCUCUUCCAGGAUGCUCUUUAGAAAGGGAUGAAACAUACAACAUUCAAAAUAUUAUAGAGGAUAUCUUAACGGAGAUUUCGGGGACUUUUCACAGAAGGCUUUUGUAUGAAAGAGGUUUCAAAUGUCGGGAAGACGGGGAACAAAUUAUUGCUGUGGAUACUGAAGGACAAUUUGUGCAGGAUAAAUAUAUUUGUGAAAAAGAUGGUGAUAUUAUUUGUCCACUGCAUCCAAUCAA